AAUACUUCGUCUAUAGUGGUUAGGAGACAAUGAAUAUAAAAUAACAAAUCCAUGGAUUUUAACAAUUUAUACAAAGUGUUCGAUGCGGUAAAUUCAUGGAUUUGUAUCGAUUUAUACAGAGUUCGAUGCCAUCCAUUUUUUCACAUUAUCGAUGCUUGGAUCAGCUGUUUUUCCCACUUCUGGAUUUUAAAUCGAUAAUGCUAAUCAAUGAGAGUUACUUCACAUCUCAACGUGAAAAUGAAUUGAUUUGUGCGGUCCUCGUCGAGUGCUGUAGUUCUAUGAAGUUAUUGUGAUUUUUUUUUUAUUGUGAAAAAACACAGUUUACAUUGAGUUUUCUAACCCUGAGGACAAAAUGUAUGGGCUGGUGGAGCUCUUCCUCUUUUGUGGAGUGCUUUAUUUUUUUUUUAAUGACAGAGCAAAAAACAUGGUAGACAUACUUGCUGCUCGGAUUCAGGAAGUCUAUACAAAAUGGGAAAGUCGAACCGAGGUGCCAAGAAAUUUAGAUAAAAGCAACACAUCUCGACUUUCUCUAGGAGGACUUCGUCGAGCGGGUCAGCAAAUGCAGAGGAGAAGAUUCCAGACUAAAGAACAAGCACGCAAAGUUCGAGAAGCUAGUUUAUUCAAAAUUAAGGAAACGGAACCCAUAGCUGCUCAAAUUCCAAGAACGACUGCGUUUUUCUACUACUGCUGUAGCAGCUGUACCCCUUCCUCCAGGGAUUCUUUGGUUAGUAAAGUCAGUGUCCAGCAUCAAAGCCAUGGUAACAAUAUUCUCCAAGUAAAUAGUGGAACUAGUCUCCUACGUAAAAUCUGCAGCCACAUAUUCCAUGUCUACAAAUUUAAAAAGUACGACUAUGCCCGGGUGACACAAGCCGUUCUGAACGAUGAGAGAUUGAUUGAAGCAAUAAAAUUAACAGCAGCAGAGAAUGCAUGCAGUAAUGGUACCACCGUGGAAGAAGAAAUUUCCAAGGCUGAAUCUAGAGCUAAGGAAGUGUUGCUAAAAAUGCAAAGCAAUAUCAGUGACACGAUAUUGAAGAUAGUUUUCUGGAUCUUCUAUAAACUUCUUCCAUGUUUCAUACAGUCAGCGGUAAUUCAACCUUCUCAAAUCCAAAUGCUUCAAAAGGCUAACGACACUGGCUUGCCUUUGAUUUUUAUUCCACUGCACAGAAGUCACCUGGAUUAUAUUAUGACUACCUUUUUUCUUUUGAGCCACAACAUCAGAUCUCCAUUAGUUGCUGCUGGAGAUAAUUUGCGAAUUCCAUUUUUUGGGUGGCUUUUGAGUGGCUUGGGCGCAUUCUUCAUAAAAAGGCGAAUUGAUCCCGUCCAAGGCAGAAAGGAUAGUCUCUAUCGCGCCACUUUACACACCUACGUAAUGGAAUCUCUUAGAGCAGGUCACAACAUCGAGUUUUUCAUCGAAGGAGGACGAACAAGAACUGGAAAACCAUGCAUGCCAAAGGGAGGAAUCUUGAGUGUGAUUGUUGAUGCCUACAUGGAUGGCACGAUAGAAGACGCCUUAUUGGUCCCAAUGUCUAUAAACUAUGAACGCCUAGUUGAUGGAAAUUUCGUCAGAGAACAACUAGGGCAGCCGAAAAGGAUGGAAUCUUUCGGAUGUGCCAUCAGAGCCAUGUGGACCACUCUGAUGGGAAAUUAUGGCAUUCUCAAAAUGGACAUUUGUCAGCCUUUCUCAUUGAGGGAGAUGCUGAAGUCAUUCCAAGUUCAACAAGCGAGAUUAAAUCCAACGAUCAACGGCCAAGUUUCGACACCAAAACCUUUGAAGUACUCUAUGUCAAGUUCUUCUCUAUUUGGUACAGAUGUCGUCAAGGAAGAAGAUCGUCAAUUGGUUGAAAGUAUAGCUCGCCACGUAGUUUAUGACGGUUCUCAAUCUACGCCGAUUAUGUCUACAAACAUUGUCGCUUUUUUGCUUCUAUACAAAUUCAGAGACGGAUGCACUUUGGAUACUUUGGUUGAAGCACUUGAUUCAAUGAGGCAGGAGCUCGAGUGGGCCAAAAGAGACGUUUCUUUUUGUGGAGAGAGUAUCGACGUCAUAAAUCACGCUCUGGACAUUUUAGGACCUGGUUUAGUGAAACAACAACGUCAAGAAAUCACUGAAGCCGCGAAUGGUCAGAUUAAAUCAAAAUUCACAACUGCGAUACGGCCUGUCUCUAUUCUUCCUAACGUUAUUGAAAUGUCGUAUUAUGCAAAUACGAUGGUCCUGCAUUAUGUUUUAGAAAGUGUUGUAGUUGCUGGAAUUUAUGCAGCCUUGAAAUCUGAAAUCAACGAUCCGAAAGCUAUAGCGGAAAAUGAGGUGAACGUUUUCCAAGAUGUUGUCGUAGAGAAAGCACUUGAAGUCUGUGAUAUUCUCAAGUACGAAUUUAUUUUUUGUAAACCUUGCCAGGAUUUGGGACACGUGAUAAUCGACACUCUUGGAACUCUUUGUUCAACCGGCAUCAUCACCCUAAAAGAAGAGGCUUAUUUAGAUGAAGAAUUGUGGAGCAGAAGAUACGCCAGGACCUUCGAUGACAGUUCUGAUGAAGAAUACUCGAAUACGUACCGUACUAGAAAAAUUCAGUACAAACUUAGUCUCUCUCCUGAGCAUUCGAGUCGUAUGGAAUACCUUCACACACUGCUCAGACCUUUAAUAGAUACGUAUACGUUUAGUGCUUUCUCGUUAAGAAAAUUAGUGGGCAGGUCUUUAUCUGAAAGAGAUUUGGUAAAUGAAAUCCUCGGUGAAAUUAAGACAAAUAUUGAUCGAGGAACAGUUAAUUAUGGUGAGAGUUUGUGCGUCGAUCCAAUCAAGAAUUCUCUAAAGGUUUUUGAGAAGUGGAACGUUCUCGAGUGUUACCCGCAAGAAAACGUAAAGAUUCUCUACCUGAAGGAAGAAUAUGACGACGAAGUCGCCACGAAUCGAAUAUUCGAAAGAGUAGCAGCUUAUAAAUGGACGCGAAACGUCGAUUGAGGGAUUGAAAAUCCCCUAAAGCAAUUUUAUUUCGUCUUUUGAAGAGCCGUGUACAGGAACUUUCAUUUAAAUAAGAUUGUUUCAACGAAUUCAAUCUAAAGUGAUGCGCAAAUCGCGGAACCGAGCUUUGGAGCUCUCAAAAAACUGAUUAGACUGUUUUUAGUAUGAAUUACCUUUUCCCAAAGAGAAGCUCGCUCAAUUCCUCGGGCAAAAGCUCAAAUAGUUUUUACGGUAAUUACAAGAAUUGACGUGUAUUAUAGAAAAGAUAUUUCUAUUGCGAGUAUUUUGCACUACAAGCAAAGCAGGAUAUCAGUGAUUUGUUUCGUUUAACAAUAAGUAAUCUAAUGAUAGUAAGGAUAUUUUUGUUUAAAACGCGACUCUUGAUUUGACUAUUAAGAGAUGCGCAGACUUGUAUAUAAUAUCAUUUUGUCAUAGGCACAAAAUUUUUGAAAGCGUUGUAAUAAAAAAUAUAUUUUUGAA